GGUCAUGAUGUCAAUACUAGGAAGUUCCAACACAGUCAACUUGACUAGACGUUGUGCUCGGAAGCUGAAUAUCCCUUGUUGGUUCUUUUCGUUUUAAACAAAGCGAAACAACUGUAUUUGGUUUGGUGGAACAUCGUUUUAUGUGUGACCAAACAGCCUCGUUGUUUCUUUGUUUCUUCUGUUUGUGCCAGAAUGCGAUAUCAUCGUUUAUGUUAGCUGGCUAGCUAUCCAAGCUAGCUAACAGCUAAGGUUGUUUUGAUUAUUAAUGUGAACGUUAACGUUUCCUCGACGGGUGUCUGGACUCACUUGUGCAGAGCUAAAACACACGGACAGAUUUUUUCCCCAUACAAUCCAGUGGAAUGAGGAAAUUAUUUAACGUCUUGGAAGCUACGAAGUAAAGGAUACAGUUCAUCAGCUAGCCGGUAAGCUAACGUUAACGUCAAUCGGCUUUCGCCAAGCUCUCGCCAUCACUGCUGGGGACCCUCUGGUUGGUCCCUUACUCCGAACCGUGGACGUCUGACGAGCUUAAAAAGCUCUCUGUGAAUCGGAUCCAAUGCGUGGGAUGAUGGGGACCCAGAGUAGUCCUGUCAAGAGUUACGAUUAUCUCCUGAAAUUUCUAUUGGUGGGAGACAGCGAUGUUGGAAAGGGAGAAAUCUUGGAAAGUUUGCAAGACGGAUCAGUAGAGUCUCCUUAUGCCUACAGCAGUGGAAUUGAUUACAAGACCACCACAAUUCUGCUGGAUGGGAGGAGAGUGAAAUUAGAAUUAUGGGACACAUCAGGGCAAGGUAGAUUCUGCACCAUCUUCAGGUCCUACUCUCGUGGAGCACAGGGCAUCCUGCUGGUGUAUGACAUCACUAACGGCUGGUCGUUUGAUGGCAUUGACCGCUGGAUUCGGGAAAUUGAUGAGCAUGCCCCAGGUGUGCCCAGGAUCCUGGUGGGAAACAGACUUCACUUGGCUUUCAAGCGGCAGGUGCCGACCGAGCAGGCAAGGGCUUAUGCGGAAAAGAACAGCAUGACUUUCUUUGAGGUCAGUCCACUCUGCAACUUCAACGUCAUCGAGUCCUUCACAGAACUUUCACGGAUCGUGCUGAUGAGGCAUGGGAUGGAGAAAUUUUGGAGGCCUAACAGAGUCUUCAGCCUCCAGGAUCUGUGCUGCCGGUCGAUCGUCUCCUGCACACCGGUGCACCUCAUUGACAAACUGCCCCUCCCUGUGGCCAUCAAGUCCCACCUCAAGUCUUUCUCUAUGGCCAAUGGUAUGAAUGCAGUCAUGAUGCACGGACGCUCCUAUUCAGUGGCCAACAGUGCAGCCUCGGGUAGCAGCGGCAGCAGCAGCAAAGCCAACAGUCUUAAACGCUCAAAGUCCUUCAGGCCUCCACAGAGUCCUCCAAAGAACUCGUCGUCCUCCUCCAAGGGGAACUGUAAGAUUUCAUAGUGAAGAAGCAGACGGCUGCAUCCAUAGGACCAAUAUUAAAGGUGUCAUUGCUCCGAGAGGUCGCGAGGCCAGGGGAGGAGCAUGGAGAGCUGCCAGCUAUCCUCAUCAGUAAUGGAUAUAGCUGUGAACUUUCAUUGACCUUUGGGGACUGACUUGGAUGGCUGGGUUGUUUUUUGUUCUCUUUGCACUUGCCAGUGUCAUCUUAUGGACGUGCGUUUACUCGUAAUAUUUACUACAGAGGCUCACUGUGAUCAAGUAGAACAAGACUUCCCUGGGACCAACAGAUGUGAAUCAAGGAUUAUCGCUCACCAGUUAACACUACAAAUGAGUGAAGGGACAUCAGAUAGUUUUUACAUGGAACAGGAAUGUUUAUUGGUAUUUAAGGUUGACUUGAAGUUGUAAAUAUACUGUAUGUGCUGUUGUUUUGGUCUGUGCUAAGUGAUUGUUCUUGGGGAGGAGCUUUUUGCGCUUGUUUUGUCUUGAGUGUUUUGGGAGAUCUGCCUCGAUGUGCUACUUAUUGGUGUGUCUUAUGCCCUUUGCCUACCAUAGAAAAUUCCCUUUACAGCCAAGGGUGCUGAGCUACUUACUUUAAAACUCAAGAUUGGUUACGUUUUACACAAGACCGGCUUGAAUGUCAUGAGUAUGCAGCGCUGGUUUCCCAGAUAGUACUAGACCUAAAACAUUCUUAGUCUAGCACUACUUAUUCUGUGAAACUGUCCAGCAAAGUCAAGCCAAGUUGUCUUGUUUGAAAGACUUCCUGUGUUGCCCCUAAAUUUCAACCCCAAAUGAAUUCACCCUCCAUCUCCAUUAGUCACUGGCUCAGACAUCUGUUUACUUUCUCAGGCCAUUUAUGACCCUAAAUCUAAUAUUCUUAGUUGUAUCACUGCUUUAAACAACAUGAUGAAUUUGAAUCAGUUAACUCCUGGGGCAGUGAAAAGAUUGCUCUGUGCUGAUGAGGAAACCUUGUACAAACUCAGAUGUACAGCUUGUUUUCUCAGUCAUGGCGCUUUACCUUCCAGAUCCUCUGCAGCGGUGUCUGUCCUUAACAGGACUGUGUAAACACACAAGACACUUGUGCGAGGAACAUUUUCAUUUGGUUACUUUUUGGAUAUUUUAUGUAUAUGGUAUGUAUUAAUGAAUGUAAAACAAUACUCACCUGCUACCUUUCUGUGACCACGUGGUGAUAAGUGGGACUGUAAGAAUCAGAGGUGGAAAGUCAUUGGAUACAUCUGCUAUUGUAAUAUUUUUACUCAGUGUUGCUGCUUGUCUGAGUAUUUGCACUUUCGCUGCCUAAAUUAAUCCCUUCUUUCCAACCUGCUUAAACGUGUGUAUGAUAAUAGGCGGGAUUAUGAUGGUUGUUUACAGUCUGGACACAAUGCAAGAACAAUGUAAAGUCACAUGAACUGAAAGACUUACAUAGGGGCAUAAAUUCUAUUUUUUUUAAUCAGAGCUAACAAAUAUUUUUUUUUGUUUUAGUAAUUGAGUAAUCAACACAAAUAUUUUUUACUCUGUCUUCUUUCCACCUCUGAUUAACGUGCUGUAUUCCCACCCCAGCAUUCCCAGUGUCAUGGCUGUGUGUAUGUAAUAAGGUCAAUGAGUGCAUAAAAAAUGGUGCAUGUUUCUUACUGGCGCCUGUUUCAUGUGGUGUAUGGUGUGAGACCAGUACAAUAGGCUAACAGAACUCCCGAGUGAACAUUUAAAGCACUAUAUGUGGUAUUUGAUGACGAUUGUUGAUAUCAGAGCUGUGUGUCUAAAGGUUUGGAUACGGGAUUAAUUCUAAUUUUGUCUCCACUGAAAACAGUCAUCCAUCAAAAUAAAGGGUAAAAUUCC